AUGAACUCCGACCCAAUGCAGACUCAUAACUCGGUCGAAACUCUUCCGGAACAGCUAAAACGCAUUUAUAAUCUACAAAAUGGGUCAAACGAUGUCUCCAUACGCGGGAGCGUUUUCGAGGAUGGAGACGGUGCUGGAAAUGGAUCACUGCAUUCACGUGAAUGGCAACAACCUAUGGAUAGAAGAGAGCUUGGUAGCAGUUCUAAUAAUUGGAUUCGUCUAAAUGUUGGCGGUAAGGUUUUUCAAACAACGCGUGAUACACUUAUGAAGGUACCGGGGUCGUUUCUUUAUCGUCUUUGUCAAGAUGACAAGAGACUACCUAGUAUUAAGGAUGAAACAGGGGCGUAUCUAAUCGAUCGUGAUGCGGACUAUUUUUCCCCGGUUCUUAAUUAUUUGCGGCAUGGUAGACUAAUCAUCAAUCCUGGUCUUGCUGACGAAGGAGUUCUGGAAGAAGCAGAAUUCUACAACUUGCCGCAACUAGUUCAUCUUGUAAAUGAGAGGAUUCACGAAAAGGAAAGGAAUGCAAGUGAUGCUGGGAGAUUCAAAAGCGUCUAUCGUGUAAUACAAUGUCACGAAGAGGAAUUAACUACGUUCAUUUCAGCAACUAGUGAUGGAUGGAAGAUUGUCCAGGUGCUACCAGUGCAGACUAAAUAUCAGGACUACACAGUGGACAGACAACAAGAGUAUCUAUGCAUAGUUGUCAGGGAGUGUCUCGACAAUGGUUCCGUUAGUGAUAGCAGAGAUAGGGCAACACUACUGCAGCAAAAAGCCAGACAUAACUAA